AUGGGACGCCCCUCGUCAGGUACCCGGAAUUGCAAUGCCCAACCACGCAUUAUGAGACAGCAAGUCCGCACUGUGCGAACGCUGUUUUCCACCGAGAUCCACACCGGAGGGUCCGGCCCGGACAGUCCUUUCACCGCCUCCGACGUUUCUCACACGUGCACCACCGUCAAAGUCUCGUCAUCCUUGCUCGCCCACCUCACGCCAACUUCCGUCCUCGACAGCCGCCCGGUUCUCAUGGCAGACAGCGACUGGAGGACGCAAUUAUUGGCGUCAGAUCGAUAUGAAAACAUUCAAAGAAUAAAGUCCGUCUUGGAGACAGCUAGUCCGGAUGCCAAAGACACGUCACAGUCGGACGCAUUUUCUGUAGAAAACCAGGCUUAUAAAGACUCGUCGUCCAGGGCUCAAUAUGACGAAAUCUGCCAGCUAGUCGGCUCAGCCAAUUUGUCUCGCCCGGAAGCCCCAGCACCUGCUAAUGACCAACCUGAAGAUGCUGGCGUCAACAUUGGUUCUUACAAAAAUUGUGUUUCUUUUGCAAGUGGCUUAACGUCAGAAGUCUACCAAUGCAAAGAUCGAGCGCUCAAGGUCAUUGUGGAAACACACAACAUUGAGCCUCACAAUCCGCAACGCGAGGCUAGGAUUCUAGCGACCUUGAAACGACCAUGCAUUCCACUUUUAGAAACAUUCAGGGACCAAGAACAAAGAUUUGUUCUAGUGUUUCCUUACAAGCCCAUGACACUUGCCGAUGUUAUUGACAAAGGAACCAUUCCCCUGCCCCAGAUUAGACGUCUCUUCAAAGACAUCUUCACUGCACUCGCGAAUAUCCAUGGCCAAGGCAUCAUACACCGAGACGUCAAGCCCGAGGCCAUCCUGCUCGACGGUCCGGAAGGGCCAGCAUAUCUUUCUGAUUUUGGAACAGCCUGGCACCCGACCAUGUCGAUUGUCUCAGAGCCGGCCAAAUCCAAGAUUCUGGAUAUCGGGACCGGCCCCUACCGAGCGCCUGAAGCCCUCUUUGGUGAUAAAGCCUACGGUCCUUCUGUCGACGUGUGGGCGGCUGGGGCUAUGCUGGCCGAGUGCUGUCGCAGUCCCCCAAAGUCCCUGUUCGAAUCAAGACCCGCCCAUGAGGACGGCAACCAGCUGGGCUUGAUUCUGAGCAUCUUCAAAACUUUGGGCACGCCGACACGCGAGACUUGGCCCGAGGCUGCGAGCUUCAAAACGCCACCCUUUGAGAUGUACCGCAUGUUUGAUGGCCAACCGUGGACAGAGAUUCUUCCAGAGGUUAAUCCCCAUGCUCGAGAGCUGAUCUCGAGCUUGGUGCGCUUUGACUCUAAGAGGGCUACAGCGGAGCAAGCUCUACAGCACAAGUUCAUGAUAGGCACCGAGGAAAAUUUUCAAAGUAGUUUCUUUGUGUUCACGGUCUCCAUUGAGUCCCAUGAGCCUUGGAAACCCUUCAGAACGCUGCGAAGAGAUCUCGGUAUCGAAGAACAAAGGCCCCGGGAUCUCGCACCAGGUAUUAAUGUCCGCGGUCCUGCGCGUCAUCGUCACCCAACCACGUCAAACUCAACUUUUCCCAUCUCGCAAGAUCAAGUCAGUUCAGACACUACUAGCCUCAUCCGCGCUUUAGAAGUCGAAGAAAGCUGUCAAACCAUGGCCCCUCCUGGCGAAAAAAGAUCAAAAGAUCGCGCGCCCUCUGGCCCGAAGAAAGUGAGAAACCGUAACGGCCCGAACAUUGGCACUCAGAACGCACCGGACACGUCGGUCCUCGGGGACCAACCCGAAGGAUCACGACGACAAGAGGGCUCAAAAAAGAAGAAUACCAACGCCAUCGCAGAUAUGCCAAGAAGGUUAGCAGGAGGCAAAAAACCCCACCAUUGUCCAUCAGGAGAGCACAAGAGCGACAAGGCUUGUAGAAAAGGCCGUUGUCUUAUAAAGUGUUCUGAAUGCGCCUCCAAUCGCUCUACGUUCGGAGGGUCGAAAUGUUGGGUUUGUAAGAAAACCGGGAUCCGUCUGGCACAGAUAGCAGCGAGGCAGGCGGGUGGCGUCGCCAACAAGGCGUUGCUUCCUCGGCAACGGCCUACGCGCGUCACCAAAAGGGGAACGUGGCUCCGUAUGGGAUCCCUCAGGCGUCACUACCAGGUCGCGUGGGCCAAUCGGCUCCGGAAGGUCAUCUCGGCGAAGAUUCUCGAGGAUGUUCCCGAAACCACAUACGUCGACACGGCUAUGGACGUCUGCUCUACCCCCAGCGUUGCUGAAUUCGACAUUUAUAUGGGCGAUGUCGAUGACGAGUCCGAUGACGAGCCCAGCCUUUCCCCUGUCGACACCAGCUUAGAUAGCAAUGAGCAAUUGAGGUUCAACCCAGAAAACGUGGGCCCUGUGUGUAACGAGGAGCAACGCAAUAAACGUGUGCGGGAUGCCGUGGAGAUUCUUAAGCUUGUUUGUGAAGGUCUCCAUAGGCUGAUUUGA